CCAUCCCAUAGAAAUGGCGGAUGACGAUGAUUCGGGCGUUCAUCGCCUCGAAGGUACAAGCGGCAGUCAAAUGCGCGGCGGAUUGAUAAUCAAAAAAGCAAAAACCGAUGAUGGCAACAAGUUCAAAGUUCCGAAACCAUCGAUUUUGGGUUUGGAUAAAUUGGCGGCACAAAAACGCAAAGAGCGCGAGGAGAAGGAACGUCUUAUUUCGUUCCGAGACAAUGAGCACGACGACGAUGAUGAUAGACAGAGUGGCAGCAAAACCCCAUCCACUUUGACGAAUCUAAGUGAAUUUGCCUUUAAAAAGCCGGAUACAAUGAGUUUCCAAAAGGUCAGCCGUCAGCUGAGAGCCCAUAAGGAUGAAACUCCCUCUCAUACGGGUGGUGUAUCAGAGGAGGCUCGGGAACGUUUAAGGGAGCACAUCAAACGAGAUCGUAGCAAAGGCGGUGUACAUUAUUCCACUAAGAAUUAUGAGGAACGUGAUGAUAAGGAACGCAGUAGAUCAUCAUCCUCGUCGUCGUCAUCUUCAAGAGAUAGAGAUCGUGAUCGGGACCGUCAUAAAGACAGAGACCGCAGUCGUGAUAAACGUCGUGACCGUGAUCGUAGUAGAGAACGUGAUAGGGACCGUGAACAUCGUAGAGAUCGCGACCGUGGCGAUCGUAGUGAACGAGAUCGCAGUGAACGUGAUUCCGCACGCAGUGUAAAUACGCCACGUUUCCGUGACGAGCCUAAAACUCCAUCUGGUGUAUCGGUAUCGGGCAGCGCAUGGGAUGAUGAUGACCCAUCGGAACGUUCAUCCCGUAAAUCAUCUUGGGAUUUCCCAACUCCAAAAUCGUACGCCAGCUCGGAGAGAGGUGAUUGGUCGGAACGUAGUUCCAGCAGUGGUUUCGGUUCCAUGUCCGGCUCUCGCAGCCGCUCACGUAGAGAUCGAGAAGAUGACACACCUCGUCCCACCCCAGCCCACAAAUACAAUCAAUGGGCUAAUGAUCGCAAACGUUCAGGAGCCACCCCAGCAACAGGUCGAAGCAAUCGUCAACCUUGGGGUGAGAGUGAUGAAGAUCGUGAUAUGUGGGAGGAGGAACAACGUCGCUUGGAUCGAGAAUGGUAUAACAUUGAUGAAGGCUACGAUGACGAACACAAUCCCUUCGGCAAUGCCAAUGCCGAUUAUUUCAAGAAACGCGAAGAAAUGUUGGAGCAGAAACGCACGAAGCGUAUCAGUGCCCAGCAGAGACAGAAUAACAAAGACAACGAAUUGUGGGAACGAAAUCGUAUGUUAACCUCCGGCGUGGUUAUGUCGAUUAAUGUCAAUGACGACUUCGACGAGGAAGCUUUGGAACGUGUCCAUUUGUUGGUCCAUCACAUUAUACCACCAUUUUUGGAUGGCCGCAUUGUUUUCACCAAACAACCGGAACCUGUUAUUCCAGUGAAAGAUCCUACCUCAGAUAUGGCUUUAUUGGCACGCAAAGGAAGUGCCCUGGUGCGUGUCUAUCGUGAACAGAAGGAACGGCGUAAAGCCCAAAAGAAACAUUGGGAAUUGGGCGGUACGAAAUUGGGCAACAUUAUGGGUAUAGAGAAGAAAGUCGAUGAAGAGGAUGCGAAAUUCGACAAAGACUCUGACACUGCCGAUUAUCGUAAAGAUCAAAAAUUUGCAGAUCAUAUGCGUGAUCAAGAUAGUUCGGGAGGUGGUUCAAGUGAUUUUUCACGUAAGAAAUCAAUAUUCGAACAGAGACGAUUCCUGCCGGUGUUCGCCGCUCGCCAGGAACUGCUGAAUAUUAUACGCGAGAAUUCGGUUAUUAUUAUUGUGGGUGAAACUGGCAGUGGCAAGACAACACAGUUGACCCAGUAUCUGCACGAGGAUGGUUAUAGUAAUUUUGGAAUGAUUGGUUGUACCCAGCCACGUCGUGUUGCUGCCAUGUCUGUGGCUAAGCGUGUUUCUGAUGAAAUGGGUACCAAAUUGGGCGAAGAAGUAGGCUAUGCUAUACGUUUUGAGGAUUGUACAUCGGAGAAAACGGUCAUCAAAUACAUGACCGAUGGUAUUCUGUUGCGUGAAAGUUUACGUGAUCCAGAUUUGGAUGGUUAUUCGGCAAUCAUUAUGGACGAAGCCCAUGAACGUUCGUUGUCUACAGAUGUUUUAUUUGGAUUGUUGCGUGAGACGAAAACCUCGGAUACAACAACUGAGGGUUCCGAGAGGAUCUACACAUCACAAACCUACUACACAGUGGUAAAUCAACAUUUCUCAUAA